GGGCGUAACUUUCCGAUGGGGAAAGGAAAUCAUUUUAUACGCAAAACUCAGGAAAACAAAACCUUAGGCACCCGCAGCUGAGUCACUUCAGGGAGCUUUUCUCCCCCCUUUAGUGGAGUGCAGCACCCUUGCUUUUCACAGAGGGGUCAGGAGAGCAGCGCCACUGCGGGUUCCAGGAUUUGCUGAUUAAGGACGGCAUGCCAAUGGAGGCUCCCCGCCCAGGAACACACUUGCCAGCUGGGUACGCCCCUCAGUAUCCACCAGCAGCAUUCCAAGGACCUUCGGCACAAACUGGACACCCAGUUGCACUCCAGACUGGCUACCAAGAUCCCCAGCCUGCUUACCCGGGGCCUCAGCUUGGCUACACAGUCGCAACAGCUGGCAGUGGGGGUUAUAAUGCAACCCAGCUUCCUAUUCAAAGAAGCCAGGCUAUCAUCCUCGUGAAUACCCAGUGGAUGCCAGCACCGCCACCUCUUCAGAACUGCCCACCUGGGCUAGAAUACUUAAGUCAGAUAGAUCAGAUUCUGAUUCAUCAGCAAACUGAACUUCUGGAAGUCUUAACAGGCUUUGAAACAAAUAAUAAAUUUGAAAUCAAGAACAGCCUCGGGCAGAUGGUUUACCUAGCUGUGGAAGAUACUGACUGCUGCACUCGGAACUGCUGUGAAGCAGCUAGACCUUUCACCUUGAGGAUCCUGGACAAUCUGGGCCAAGAGGUCAUGACUCUGGAGAGACCCCUGAGAUGCAGUAGCUGCUGCUUUCCCUGCUGUCUCCAGGAGAUAGAAAUCCAAGCUCCUCCUGGUGUACCCAUAGGUUAUGUGACUCAGAACUGGCACCCUUGUCUGCCAAAACUGACUCUUCAAAAUGAGAAGAAGGAGAAUGUUUUAAAAGUCGUUGGUCCGUGUGUUGCAUGUACCUGCUGUACAGACAUUGAUUUUGAGAUCAGAUCUCUUGAUGAACAAUCCAGAAUCGGCAAGAUAUCCAAGCAGUGGUCGGGGUGUGUGAAAGAGGCCUUCACAGACUCAGAUAACUUUGGGAUCCAGUUCCCUCUUGACCUUGAUGUGAAGAUGAAGGCUGUGACCCUCGGAGCGUGUUUCCUCCUAGAUUACAUGUUUUUUGAAGGCUGUGAGUAGGAACAAAACUCAGUAGCAUGGUGGGAAGAAUGAAGGAAGACAGAGAAGAUUUGACAUCUACGUGAUGAGACCGUGUAAAUGAGAAACAGAUGGCUUUAUUUUUCUUUAAUGUGUACAGUUGUGUUUUCUGAAUGAUAGUUGAUUUUCUACAUGUUUGAAAUAGACAUGGGUGCAUAUCUUUACACACACCUAAAAUAUUCACUAAAUUCACGAUAAAAAUAAAAAUAUAUAUUUAGAAAUAACAUUUUAUGGAAAAGUUGCAUCCUAAUUGUAGAUUAUUUUUCAUCUUCUGUUAACUUUAAACCUUGCUAGUAUUAAUUAUAAAGAUACACUUGAUUUUGUCAAAUCUUGUUAGUUUAUUUCUUACAAGAAACCUGAUAUUAUUUUGAAAAUAAUAGUUUGAAAACUUUUUGAAUGUUACUAUUUUUGUUGGCUGGUAAGUAUUUCUCAAUAAAAUAAAUGCAAAUAAGGAAAAGUAACUUGUGUUUUAGGAAAUAACAUUAAAUGCUCUUUUACAAUUUCUAUUAUAAAUUUUCAUACUGAGAAGUUCAUAACUUGCCAAUUUUAAAUGCUUUCUCAGUGAACAAUGACAUGCUUUCCUGCUAAGAAACUCUAACUUUUAGGACUCACUCUCUACUACUUUACUGUUGGUAUACUAUUUGACAUUUAUAUUCAAUUAUGUAUCAAGAGAACCUAUCAUGGAUAUGAUCAGUGGACACUUUGAUCUUGGCUGUUCUUCAAGUGAGGUUCAGUCUUCCCAGGUGACUCUAGUUUAUUUCAAGUUAACCAUGACAACUAACCAUAACAUCAGGGAGUUUUACCAAAAUUUGGGGCUGUUCCUAUGUUAAAACGCAUUACUUGCCUCUUAAGUCUUUGUGCCUGGGUUGUAGGAGGAAUGUAGAAAAGUUUUGGGCUAGAAAAAAUACAAAAAUGCUGUUAGCAGUCUUGAACUGGCCAUUGUAGUGACUGUUUCAAUGACCAAAAGUCAGUGGAAAAUUUGAACU